AUGGAAUCAAUGAUUAAUUCACAAGUGAAUGUAAUAGAUCACCAAUCGACAUAUGCCACACCGCAUGUUCUCCCGAUAAAAGAAAGCGAGAAGAAUAUCAUAAGCAGACAUUCAAACCCCAAUCAAACGAUGUCAAAAUCAACAAAAGCUCAUUGUGAUGCAAAAUGUUGUGUCAACAAGUGGAAAUCUGUGAUAUGUUUGAUUAAUUGA